UGUACUUAUUCUCAGCGACAAACCGCUCCUCUCGCCAUCACAUCACUCAGCCUCUUUCGCGCCGUGUCGUACUGCUCGCCCUCACCAGCUGCCAUGCCGGGCAGCUUCUUGGGCUGCGUCGCGUGUCUGCGCAGAACACUCCAAACAGCCUCUCUAGAGACACCGGCGGCCUUGCGACCAGCCCAGCUUCCGCUGCGCCCUGGCAGCCGGAUUCGACCAUACGGCACGUCCUCAUCGCUUGCUGCCGCUGCCGCUGCCGUGCCCGCCCACCCUGUCGACUCUCCGCAAAGUUUGCGCACAGAUACUGAAGAUGCGACGGUUGUGCAGAAGAAGGAGCGCGCGCGGCUGCAGCGUGCUGUCAAUAAGCAUCUUGCGCACAUGGAGGACCCCUGGAAAAUAGCCCAGCAUGUCGAGCAGACGCUGGCUAAAGACCGCUUCGACGAAGCGCUGCUCCUGACACAGCAGGCCAGCAAGGACCGACAGGUCGUCGUUGCUUGGAACCACCUGAUAUCGUAUCUCUUGGAGAAGCAGCAGCUCAAAAAGGCCGUGAAGCUCUACAACGACAUGAAGAAGCGCGCGCAGCUCCCCAACGUCCAGACCUUUACGAUUCUGUUCCGUGGCUGUGCCAGGUCCCAGCAUCCUAAGCUGGCCGUCGCCGAGGCGGUCAAGCACUAUAACCUGCUCAUGACGGACAAGCGUCUGCAGCCCAACUCGAUACACCUCAACGCCGUGCUCAACGUUUGCGCCCGCGCCGGCGACCUCGACUCCAUGUUCCUCAUCGCCGACACCGUCAACGACUCAACACGUGCCCCAACCGCCUAUACCUACACCACCAUCCUCAACGCUCUGCGCCACCAUGCGCUCGGCGAGAUCAAGGAUCUGCCCAAGGAGCAGCAGGCUGCCAACAUUCAGCGCGCCGUUGACCGCUCCAAGGCCCUCUGGACUGAGGUUGUUGACAAGUGGAGGCAGGGCCGGCUCGCCAUUGAUGAGGAGCUCGUCUGCGCCCUGGGCCGUGUCCUCCUCAUGUCUCCGAAUCGUGAGGUCAAGCGAGAGGUGCUUGACCUGCUGCAGCAGACCAUGAACAUCCCCGACCUCACGAAGGCGCUCGCCGCAGCCGAUGAGAAAAUUCAGGACCCGGAAAUGCGCGACAUCGCCGUUUCAAGCGCCUCCAAGCGCCCCUCAGCCUCCAAGGCCGUCUACACCGUGCCUGGGCGCAACACUCUCGCCCUUGUCCUCACCACGCUGGCCUCCUCCAAACUCACCACGGCCGGCAUCAAGUAUUGGAACCUCAUGGUCCGCCACUAUGGCAUCGUUCCAGACAGGGACAACUGGUUGCGCAUGUUCGGCAUGCUCAAGGUGGCCAAGGCCAGCGCGCACGCCGCCGCCAUCCUCGCCAUCAUACCCGACGAGUACCUGGAUCCCAAGCCCUAUCGUAUCGCCAUGGAGACAUGCAUCCGCGACAACAUCAACCCCAAUGCCAUGCAGAACGCCACUUCCGUUCUAGCCUCCAUGUUGGGACGCCUCCAGCCAGCCCCUGACAUCCACACCUUGCGCCUCUACCUGCGCGUCGCCCUCGUCAGCCAUUUCCACCUUCGCGCCCAAGCCCAGAACGGUGACGAUGCCGCUGCCAAACGCCAAUACGGCACGCAGAUCACCACCGCCCUCGCGCGCCUUUGGGAGCCUUACAAGCAGGUCCACUAUUAUUACUUCAAGGCUCAGCCCCGUGCUGCUGCCGACGCUGCUACCGCCGCCGCCACAUCUGCCACCGAGAAGAAACAAGACACUUUCUACAAUGACAAGCGAGAGGUCAUCGCCCUCGCCCGACUUAUGUUCAGUGCUUUUAACAAGGUCAUCAACGAGAACAUGCUUCCAGAAAAGGAUCUGCGCGACCUGCGACCCGUCGGAGCUAAGAUCAACCGCGAGAUUCAGGCGUUCUACUCCACUGGUGAGCAGUUCGAACCAAAGCUCGCCUCUUCGAAGAAGAACCAGCAAUCUGUUGAGGACGAUGAGGCAGACGAUAAUGCCAAGUACGGCUUCCGGCCAGGCGGUGAUUUUAUUUGGGAUACCACCAAACCCCCUCAAUCGCUGCGCAAAGCUAGUUCUCGCGGUUGAUGGGCUGCGCUUGCAUAACGGGAAUUUCUUUUUUCGGUUCUCAUGUUCAUAGAAAAUGUACUUUAGUUUCCAGGUGUAGCCUUGUACGAUAUCUGAGUAUGCGCAUGGCUACUCAUGCGUUUGAAGUGGGCUACCCGUACUCUCGACUCUAACACUACUUCGUGUUGGCCCAACAAGGAAAGCUGGAAGCAAUAAAAUCUCCACGACACUUCAGGUGCAUAGGUCCAGUAUCCUGUGCAAUACGAGCUGCUCCUGUUGAAUAAGGGCUUUCGUGAUCUCCACCAUAGAACAUAGAAUGC